AUGGAGCACAGCGAGCUGCGGCUGCUGGACACGCUGGCGGCCCUACUGGGCGCUCUCGCCUGCUUCUUUUUCCUGGUGCUGCAGCGCUUCGGCACGACGUAUGGCCGCUACUGGUCGCCGCGCUUAGGCUGGUGGCUGCCGGCUCGGCCCGCCUGGGCGCUGCAGGAAUUACCCUCGCUGGCUCUGCCGCUGCUGGAGUGUACCCGCGCCGGGGGCCGCCUGCACCACCUGCCCAACGCCCUGCUGCUGGCCAUGUUCCUCGUCCACUACGCGCACCGGACUUUGAUUUUCCCGUUUCUGAUUCGAGGCGGAAAACCAACGCCAUUCAUAUCGUUCAUAUUGGCCUUCAUAUUCUGCACCUAUAACGGCUACCUGCAGAGCAGGUACCUGAGCCAGUAUGCCGAGUAUGCUGAUGACUGGCUGACUGACCCCCGCUUCCUGACCGGUCUCGCCAUGUGGUUAGCAGGUAUGCUGAUAAACCUCCACUCAGAUCACAUCUUGAGGAAUCUCAGGAAGCCGGGGGAGACCGGAUACAAAAUACCCAGAGGAGGCUUGUUUGAAUACGUGACUGCCGCCAACUACUUUGGGGAGCUGGUGGAGUGGUGUGGCUAUGCGCUGGCCAGCUGGUCUCUCCAAGGGGGUGCCUUCGCAUUCUUCACAUUUUGUGUCUUAUUCUCCCGAGCACAGCAGCAUCACCGGUGGUACCUUAGGAAGUUUGAAGAUUAUCCAAAGUCCAGGAAAAUGCUGUUUCCAUUUUUAUGUUAA